GAUGACAACACUGGAUCAGCAGCUUUUGUUCUGCUGGGUAGGGCCGCUGACCUUCUUGUGGGCUUGACUGCUAACGAUCUCUCUACUAGGUUUCCUUACCAGCGCAAUGUUCUUCCACAAGAACUUCUGGCUCUUGAAGGACGAGACUUUACUUUUGACGUCCAGCUUCCAAAACCGGAAUAUGGGGCUCGUGGCCCGCCAGAGUUCACGGUCCUUGCUGUCAAUGAGCAAGAACAGCCAAAUUCCUGCUCACCAACUCUUAGUCGCCGGUCAAGAAAUGCUAUGCCCCAUACACCACCUCCUAACAGUCCUCACUUGAUGCCUCUUACGUCUCCAUAUGUUGUUCCAACAAUUCAGACCGCUUCGGUAGACCAUGGUUCUUCUAUUGCUUCACCAAGUGGGAGUUCUCAGCUUGCAUUUUCUACUCCUCCACGUCGCCCCUACAAC